AUGGAGGAUUCCCUCCCAUUCUCACUAACAUUGAUCAUCAGCUUGCUUGUCGCUCUAGUCUGCAUCUUUAUUUACUACUUCAGGAGAUGGCUUACAGAUGACUCUAGGGCCUCUAGUGCUCCUCAAGCAAGCGGGGCAUUGCCUAUUGUUGGCCAUCUUCAUCUUUUUGGCAGGGAUCAACUGUUUCAUGAAACACUAGCUGCCAUGGCUGACAAGUAUGGACCUGCUUUUACCAUAAAGAUGGGUUCAUGCAAGGUCCUCAUAUUGAGCAGUUGGGAAAUGGCCAAAGAGUGUUUCACUGUACAUGACAGAGUAUUUUCCGGCAGACCUAUCGUUACUGCUUCAAAGCUUCUAGGCUAUGACUGUGCGAUGUUUGGAUUUGCACCUUACGGCCCUUACUGGCGUGAGUUGAGAAAGAUAGCAACAAUUGAGCUUCUAUCAAACCAUAGGCUUGAGAAAUUAAAACAUAUGAGAACUACUGAGGUGGAGAUUGCAGUAAAAGAGUUGUACAACUUAUGGUCAAGCAAAGGAUGCCCUGAAAAUGGGGUUUUCGUGGAUAUGAAGCAAUGGUUUGGAAAUUUGUGUUUAAAUGUUCUUCUAAGAAUGGUGGCAGGUAAGAGAUACUUUGGAGCAAACUCUGAGGAUGGUGAGGCACAGUACUGCCAGAAAGUGAUUAGGGAUUUAAUACAUCUAUUUGGGGAUCCUGUGGUAUCUGAUGCAGUCCCAUUGCUCAAGUGGUGGGAUAUGAAUGGUGUUAAAAAGAAAAUGAAGAAGACGGCUAAGGCAUUGGACCAACUCAUUGGCGGGUGGUUGGAGGAACACAAACAGAGAAGACUAUUAGGCGAGCAGGCACGGGAAGAACAAGACUUCAUGGAUGUGAUGCUGAGGAUCCUACAGGAAAACCCAAUUCCUUUUUUUGACUCUGAUACUAUUAUCAAGGCUACUAGCUUGAAUAUGAUAGCAGGAGCUGACUCCAUAAUGGUGGCAAUAACAUGGGCUUUAUGUCUGAUACUUAACAAUCCAAGAGUGAUGAAGAAGGCUCAAGAUGAACUAGACAUCCAAAUAGGGAGAGAAAUCCUAGUGAAAGAAUCUGACAUUAAGAAUUUACCCUAUCUACAAGCCACUGUAAAAGAAUGCUUACGUCUCUAUCCUGCCAGUACACUCAUUAAUUUUCUUGAGGCAAUAGAGGAUUGCACGCUGUCCUCUGGUCAUCACGUUCCUGCAGGCACACAGUUGAUGGUGAACAUAUGGAAAAUACACCGUGACGAGCAUGUUUGGCCAGAUCCUCAUAGCUUCAAACCCGAAAGAUUCUUAUCUAGUCAUAAGGAUAUUGAUGUGAGGGGCCAAAACUAUGAGAUUCUUCCAUUUGGCUCAGGAAGGAGAUCAUGCCCUGGCAUGUCAUUAGCACUACAGAUGAUGCAUCUUACAUUGGCUACACUUUUGCAGAGUUUUGAAAUGUCUACUCCCUCUAAGGAACCCGUGGACAUGACUAUGAGCACUGGUUUGACAAAUGUAAAGGCAACCCCACUUGAGGUUCUUCUUCUUCCUCGCCUUAAAUUUUAACUCCAUGGAUGUAUUUCGCUACUGUAACUUUUUUUAAGUGAGUGGAGCUACGUGAAGCCUAGCUUUUUUUUUCCUUUUGUUU